AUGCCUCCACGACGCACUCUACAAUCUCAGCAACAGCAACAUCCACAGCCACAACUGCAGGCAAUGCCCCCGCCGCCUCCACCAGGCCCCCACAACGCUACUCCACGCCCACAACCUCUCUUCCGUGCCCACUCUUCGUCGACUUUGCACAUGCAGCAAAUCGCACCAGCGUUCCCGUCUUACCAGCAGCAGCCCAGCGCCAGCACCACCACCACCAACACCCCAACGGAUCCAUCCCAACAUGCGCUUCGAUUCCAGCAGCAUCAGCCAGCACAGCCUUACGAGAGCCUGAGUUCGACAACGCACACUCCGGUAGUCUCGCAGAUGUGGCACCACAGCGCACCUAUAACUCCCACUCCCACUUCUACUCCUGCGAGUACGGCCGUGGCGGCAGGCGCUGGAACGACGAUGGAGCAGCUGCGACAGCGACUGGAUCCGCGACAACAACAGCAGCAUCAGCAGCAGGAGCACUUUCGACAACAGAUGUAUCAACUCCGGUCUCAGACUCCGAGCACCGCGAGAACCGAAAUACGCCAACAGCAACAGGAGGACAAAGAGGAGGAGCCUGGAAGGGGACAGUAUCUCGCGAUCACGUCCCGGACUCAGUCGCACCCGCAACAGCAACACCAAGUCCCAGGAAUGCCGGUGUACAUCCGCCCACCAACCUAUUCGAUCCCACUGGGAGUCUCGAAUCCAUGGACGUCCACACAGCCGAUAUCCGGAGUAGCUCCAGGCCAAAGUCCAGUGCCAGGUCUAGUAUCAGGAUCGGCGACGUACUUGCAGCGCGCGCUUAAUCUCCCAACAUCUUCAUCGUCAUUGUCGACGAACCGGACUGGAAGAGCAGGAGACCCGUACCCGAUACCCCCUCGCACACGCGCUCAACGACAGACGCCUGAAACGAGUGUGGCCCAGUCCAUGCAGCCGACGCCGACGCCGUUGCAGCGUAAUCGGAGGAAUACUGCUUCUACACCUCCUGCAGAGUCCACGGAGCAGGGCCAAGGAAGAGGAAGAGAGCUACAGGUAUUGAGACGCUCGCCCAGAUUCCAGUCGCCUCCUCCCCCAGAGACCAGAGAGGCGGCGGCAACAACGACAUCAACAACAGCAGGAGCGACUCCAAUAGAGCAGCCUAUAAACGCACCGCCUGCGCCGUCGACGGCACCGACCAUAUCGGAGCCCGCAGAAGAAUCACGCCUCCCGCCCCAGGCCCCAUUCGCUGUCCAAUCCCCACAUGAUCUCUCCAGAAACACCGAUGACAUGCACGACAUCCACAUGUCCUCCCUUGAAGACGACCUCCUCUCUCCCGAAGGCUCGUCCGAACCUCCGAUCGAAGUGACCCUGAACAUUGACAUCCCCAAACGCUCGAGUCCUGCGGCGGCCGGAGACGUGAGUGCCACGGUCUUGAGUGUGAACCCGUCUUGGCAUUGCAUCUUUAUCGAACAAGUCCACGACCGCAAGAUUCGAACCGCCGUCAGAGUCCAGUUCUGUCCAAGCAUCGUCGGUGGCGGUGGCACUAGUGCUGGUGGUGGGACGAGCAGAGCAUCAGGAGGGCGGAGAGAAAAGGUCGCUAGGUUAAAGUCAAUUCAAGUGGUCGGGUACAAGAGUCGCCAGGUAGAGUUGACGCGACGGAUCGUUGGCAAAAGGCUGAUCGAGCGUGGAGGCAUCCUUGUGCACCUGGACCCCUCGGCGAUCAGCUACAACGAAGCCUCUUACGGCUUCACGCUCUGCCUAACAACCUUCCCUCCCGAACGACUCUCUCACUCUUCUUCUCCAAGCGCAAGCAUACACCCAGACGAACCCCUCCCCCUGAUCCGACAACAGAAUUCUGCAUACUGUCGACGGAACCUAAAGGAGCUUUACUACGACACCAUCUCAAAGGAUGUGGCGAUCACAGUCCGUCCCUCGGGAGAGGUCUUUUAUGCGCAUUCUGUUGUACUGGAGAGCUUUGGGUUCUUCCGUGCCUUGCUCGAGCGUGCCGCCAGGGAAGCGGCGACCUCUACGGAUUUGUCUUCAGGCAUGGGAGCAGGAAUUGGGAUAGGCGCGGGACUGAGAACUGGAAUGGGUACGCAAGGUGUUGAGGCGAUGGAAACAAACACUAUGGACGCAGCCAUGUACGCCAGCAGCAGCAGCAACAGUAGCAACAUCAAUCCGAGCAGCCAGUAUGCUGUCGAUGAGGAAGGAUACGCACGACCACUCCAUCCCACUCCUCCACCGCCUCUAACUCCACCUUUGGCUAUCCCAACAUUGCGACAACGACAACAACGUGGGACGGCUCCGGAGGUUCUGCAACAGGACCGUGCCGAUGGAAUCGACACAACGACAACCACGCGGACGAACCGAGUCCGAACGCAGGUCGAGAUCCGUGGAGCGAGUCCGAAUAUCUUCCGGGCGAUCUUACACUACAUGUACAUGGGACAUAUCCCUACAAGCCUCGCGGAGUUGACCUCUACUCCUACUCCUACUUCGCAACGCAGACGACCAGAUUCGGGAAGAACUGAGGCGGUAGUGGAACCCGCGAGGUCUGAUGAGCGGAUGGAGGGUCCAGGAUCGAAUUCUAUCGCGACAGUAGAGCGUGAGCGUGAGGGUACAGAUCUGUCUACAGGAGGUCAGUCUUCGAUGGCGGCGCCGCACACAACAAAUUUCUCCUGGCGCGACCUCUACGAAGCCGGACAGAGCUUCCAAAUCAGUGGCCUCAUCCAGCUCUCGAAACUCGUCCUCCUCGCCCGGUUAGAUCCAGAACUCGCCAUCCAAGAGCUCUUCGAAUGGGCCUACCUCCACUGGGCCCUCGUUCCUUCUUAUGCCGGUUUCUUGAUCGAGAACAUGGCCCCUGCGAUGUUACGCGGCGAGGGCGCUGAGGACGGUGAGGGAGGGAUGAAGGACGGAGGAGAGGAGGAAGGGUGGAAGAGAAAGUCGGUGAUGUGGAGAUAUCAUGAUCGGUGCCCGAAGUUCGAUGAUAUCAUGGUCGUCUUCUUGAAGAUGCUGAAUGAGCGCAAGGAGACCAACAUGUUGGUCUGA